AUGCCCCCCAUCGUCGAUAGGGUUGCUGCGAUGCCUAUGAUAUGUGAUACAAGACCGGGGGUAGGUGAGACGGCGAGCCGCAACAUGAGUGCGUCGUACUGGGACUCUUCGCAGCGUAACAAGUGGCAGUACAGCCGCGAGUCGCUGGCGCGCACGCGGCAGAAACUGUGGAUGCUGGAGUGCCAGCUCUACCCUCAAGGCACCAACAUCCUGAUGGAGGGCGGCGGCAAAGACGCGCAGCCGGUAACCAAGAACAUCCCAAUCACGCACCGGGACCUGCACUACGACCGCGACUACAACUUGCGGAUCUACUGCUACUUCCUGAUCAUGAAGCUGGGGCGGCGGUUGAACGUGCGGCAGUACGCGCUGGCGACUGCGCACGUGUACCUGGCGCGGUUCUGCCUCAAGGCGUCGAUCCGCGAGGUCAACCUGUACCUGCUGGUGACAACGUGCAUCUACCUGGCGUGCAAGGUGGAGGAGUGCCCGCAGCACAUCCGCACGCUGGUCAACGAGGCGCGCUCGCUGUGGCCGGAAUUCGUGCCGCCGGACCCGACCAAGGUCACGGAGUUCGAGUUCUACUUGAUCGAGGAGCUGCAGUCGUACAUGAUCGUGCACUACCCGUACCGCGCGAUGGAGCAGAUCGCUGCUGCGCUGCGGCGGCCACCGUACAACCUUGUGCUCUCGCCGGACGACCUGCAGAACAGCUGGUCGCUGAUCAAUGACUCCUACAUCACGGACGUGCAUCUGCUCUACCCGCCACACGUCAUUGCGAUGGCCUGUCUCUUUAUAACCGUCUGCCUGCGCAGCGCAGCCGGCGCCCGCGACCUGCAGGAGACAUUCAACCGCUUCAUGGCUGACUCGCAGGUCGACCUGCACGAAGUCAUGGACACAAUUCAAGACUUCAUAACCCUGUAUGACCACUGGGAUAAGUACAACGAGCCCUGGAUCAAGUUCCUUCUGCACAACCUUUAUCUACGCCCUCAUGCAGGAGGCACGACCGUGAGCGGUGCGGCGGCGGGCUCCGCCGGUCCUGCAGGCUCCGUGUUGACGCCAAACGGCACUAUUACAGGGUCUACAUCCUGA